UUACUAAAAUGCCUGCAGAACUACUGGACUGAAUGGAAGAAGUGAACACAUCUCUACUCUCACCCUCAGGAUAAAAAAAACCUGAGAGGCUGAUCACCGGCCGCCCACCCUUGAUAAUGCUUAAAAGCUGUGGUGAAGAAUCACGCCCCAGCGAGUCUAGAUAUUCACUGUGUCUAGACUCACUUCUUCAAAUCAUUCACACACAUCUACGAAAGCACUGACGGACAUAAACACUGUGAGUAUGGCAGGCUCCUCCACCAGCCGGACAGGGAACCAACAGGUUAAUCAAAGUCCUGAAGAGAGAGGCCAAUGGGCAAACAAGGUUGAAUUUCUGCUAACUGUGGCCGGAGCUAUCAUUGGGCUCGGAAAUGUUUGGAGGUUCCCAUAUCUUUGUUAUAAAAAUGGAGGAGGGGCUUUUUUCAUUCCAUAUGUCUUGUACCUUCUUACUUGUGGUAUCCCACUUUUUGUGCUUGAGACAUCUUUGGGUCAGUACACGAAUCAGGGAGGCAUCACAUGUUGGAGAAAGAUCUGUCCUCUUUUUGAAGGAAUGGGUUAUGCGAGUCAAAUGAUAAUUGUCUAUGGCUCAAUCACCUACAUCAUCAUCAUAGCUUGGGCCUUUCUGUACCUUUUCUCAGCCUUCAGUGUGGAACUGCCCUGGGCCAGCUGCAGCAAUCUGUGGAACACAGAUACUUGUACUGUGCUUGGUGGGAAGAAUUCUAGUUCAAAGUGGAUGACUCCUCUUAAUGCCUCUUCCUCUGUGAUGGAGUUCUGGCAUCACAGAGUUUUGCGGCUGUCCAGUGGAAUAGAGCAUUUGGGCACAGUAAGGUGGGACUUGGCUCUUAUUCUGUUACUUGUCUGGAUCCUGGUCUACUUCUGCAUCUGGAAAGGCGUGAAAUCUACUGGGAAGGCAGUCUAUUUCACAGCAACAUUCCCUUAUGUUAUGCUCCUGAUACUGCUUGUACGAGGGGUCACUCUACCUGGUGCCAUAAACGGCAUCUACUAUUAUAUAUACCCAGACCUGGCACGGCUAGCUGACCCACAGGUAUGGAUGGACGCUGGUACUCAAAUCUUUUACUCUUACGCCAUAUGUCUUGGAUACCUCAGCUCUCUUGGAAGCUACAAUCAAUAUAACAAUGACUGUUAUAGGGACUCUUUCUACCUCUGCUUUCUGAACAGUGGAACCAGUUUUUUAGGUGGAUUUGCUAUUUUCUCUGUUCUGGGUCACAUGGCACUGGAGCAAGGGGUGGACAUAUCUCUUGUAGCCGAGUCUGGUCCAGGACUUGUGUUUAUAGUGUACCCUCAGGCGGUGACAUUGUUGCCGUGGUCUCAGUUCUGGGCUGUGUGUUUCUUUAUCAUGAUCAUCCUUUUGGGCUUGGACAGUCAGUUUGUUGGACUGGAGAGCAUAAUGACGUCAGUGACAGAUAUCUUUCCCACGGUGUUGAGACGUGGCUUCAGAAGAGAGAUGCUACUUUUAGGGAUUUGCCUCGUCUGCUACUUGAUGGGCUUCUUCAUGAUCACAGAGGGUGGUCUCUACAUCAUUCAGUUGUUUGAUCAUUACGUCUGCAGUGGAGCCACUCUCCUGUUCUUGGCUACAUGUCAGUCUGUGGCCAUUGGAUGGGUAUAUGGUGCUGACCGAUUCUAUGAGAACCUAGAAGACAUGAUUGGCUACAAACCCUGGCCCAUGAUGAAGUACUGCUGGCUCUAUGUCACCCCCUCUGUCUGUGUGGGCACCUUUAUCUUCUCUCUGGUCAAGUACAGUCCCUUGAAGUUUAAUAACUCAUAUGUGUAUCCAUGGUGGGCAUACGCUAUUGGCUGGUUCCUUGCAGUAUCUUCUCUCUCCCUCAUCCCCAUUAUCAUGAUCUACAAACUCUAUAAGCAGAAAGGGACCUUCUGGGAGCGUCUCCAGUUGGCUUGCACUCCAGCAGAGGAUCUACCUCAGUCUCAGAGUCUCUCAGCACAUCAUUAUACUCUGUCAUCAUGUAAAGACAGAGAAAAGACCCCAGACCACCAUUAAUAUUUAAAUACCAUUACCUCAAUUGUCCUUAAAUAUUAAAUAGCAGGUCAGUCAAUUAGUCCUAAUGGCUUAAUUAAUUAAGUUUUCCAGUUUGAAGAAAAAAAUUGUUAGGUGGCCUAGUGAAAGUUAAAUUGAUAUAUUAAAGAGGCAAAACAUUAACGUAAGGUAUCAUCUUAAAUAACUCCAGAUAUCCUUCCUUCUGUAUAAAAUAAGAUAAUAUGGACUGUAAUCUAUUAGUGCUGUUUCUGAGCCCAAGUUAUGACAAAAUA